AUGCAUGAUAUUUAUGAGGGGGUCUGUCGAUAUGAUUUGGGUUAUAUAUUGUAUCAUUUCAUUUAUAUAGAUAAGUUUUUUGACUUAGAUACUUUAAACAGGCGGUUGUCAUAUUUUCAUUUCGAUAUAUCUGAAAAUAAACCACCUGCUAUAUUAAAAAGUCAAAUUAUUAAGCAACAUAUUAUAAUGUCAGCAUCAGAAAUGAAAACCUUUACAAAAUAUUUAUCUUUAAUAUUAGGAGAUCUUGUACCUUAUGACAACCAAUUAUGGCAAAUUUAUUUGCUUUUAUUUAAAAUUACUGAAAUUGUUGAACAAAAAAGUGUUUCAUUUGAGCAUGGAAGAUUGUUGCAGUCCUUAAUUGAAGAACACCAUUCUUUAUACAUUCAAUUUAUUGGUAAUCUUAAACCAAAACAUCACUUUUUGGUGCACUAUCCACGUUUGUUAACUUAUAUAGGUCCCUUAAGUAAUGUGUCGUCAAUAAGAUUUGAAGCAAAACAUCGAAACUUUAAAUCCACUGCAAAUGUCGUUGCUUCCAGACGAAAUACUCCGUACACUUUGGCCUUAAAAAAUCAAUUAGUAAUUUGUCAUCGUGUACUUGCGAAAAAAGGAUUUGUAGACAAUUUUGAUUAUGGUCCAACUGACACCGAAACGUUUAAGUUGUCUGAAAAUUAUGCAGCUUUUGAAAACCAAUAUGGAAAAUCUGUUGSCGAAAACUCAGUUUUGACUUCAUGGGUAAAUAAGUGUAAUGUGAAGUUUCACUCUGGUAAUAUGAUAAUUGUUAAUUUUGAUAAUUUUAUGCCUCAGUUUGCAAAAAUUAAAUUUAUUCUUAUACAUGAGAAUUCAUUUUUUUUUAUUUUACAAAAAUAUAACACUCUCUGCUAUGAUAGCCAUUUUCAUGCGUAUCAGGUAGAUAGAACUGAAUUUAUUUUUUUUAUUCACUCUAAUGCAUUAAUUAGUAUGGACGUCCAUAUUCUGCAUUUAAGUCCCAAUGGGUCAUAUUUUAUAGUUCUUUUUGAAUAGUUAAUCUAUUUUUACGUUUUUGAAGUUUUUAUUGUGUUCUUAUUUUGUUCUUGCUUGUUUUGUUAUAUUUUUUGUUAAAUGUAUUAAAAAUAAAUU